AUGACCAUCGUGGACCCCUUUUCCAAAUCGGUGCACCUCGUGCCCCUUCCUAAGCUGCCAUCUGCCAAGAAGACCACAGAACUACUCGUCCUCCAUGUAUUUCGGCUCCAUGGCCUCCCCACAGACAUUGUGUCAAACCAGGGUCCUCAGUUCACCUCGCGGUUUUGGGGUGCAUUCUGCAGGCUCGUCGGGGCCACUCCCAGCCUAUCGUCAGGUUUCCAUCCUCAGUCCAAUGGACAGACUGAGCGUAUGAACCAAGCACUAGAGGUCUCCCUCCGCUGCAUGACGACCCGGGACUGGAGCAAGUUUCUCCCUUGGGUCGAAUAUGCCCACAACUCUCUGCCCUCCGCGUCGACAGGCUUGUCCCCGUUCCAAGGAGCGUCACCCGUAGUCGCUUCACCGGUGUCUCAGCUGGACCGUGAUCCGCUCAUCACCAAGCAGGAGAAGGGCCCCACCCAGCGUUUGCGGGCACCGCUACAGGACUUUCGGGUGGGGGCACCUAUGGAGCGUAUGGGCGUGAACACUCACAGCUGUGGGCGAGAUUUUGCUACUGGAGAGCAGCUCUCCGAUGUCAUCUACCCGGUGCGGUUGGCGAGGCGGGCACGAGUUGUGCUCCACCGGGACCGUCUUGCGUCUUACCAGCUGCACGCUGACAAAACAUCGAACCCUGUGGAGGCCGGACUGCCUCAGGACAAUGUUUGCGCUCAUCCCUCCCCCGCCAAAGGACUCCGGCGUUUCCAACGCCAGUGCCGACCGCCUUCACGCCUCCGAGACGGAGUUCGUCAUGGAAUAACUCUUUGGAAUCAAGAGCAGCUGCAGCAAAACAGGGAUGUUAACUCACAAGUUAACACAGAGUUCACAGUUACAACUUCAGACACAAUUAUAGAAAAAUCAAAGCACCUAAAAGUUGAUGGUGAACUGAAACUGAGUCUUUUAGGAGGAAAUGUACAGCCCAGUGGUGCAGCCAGGUAUUUCAAUGACACUAAAAAGUCAUUUAAACAAAAGAGGCUGACGCUGCACUACAGAACAACCUGUAGAUUCGAGCAGUUGACCAUGAACCAUCUGGCACAAGGAAGAAUGGAUCACCAUGAGGUAUUUGUUCAAAAUGUAGCAACACACGUGGUCACGGCAGUGCUGUAUGGAGCAGAUGCCUACUUUGUGUUUGAUAGAGAAGUGAAUCUGUCUGAACAGAUAAAAGAUGUGCAGGGAGAAAUGAAAGUUGCCCUUGAUAAGCUUAAGGUUCUUUGUGAUGGUGGGGCAUCCAUAGACUUAAACAUGAAUGAAAAUGAAACAGCUGCAGUAAAACACCUGAGUUGUACAUUUUAUGGUGAUUUCAUGUUGCCCUCAAAUCCAACAACUUUUGAAGGUGCUAUGAAGGUUUACGCUGGUCUUCCUGAGCUGCUUGGACAAAAUGGAGAACAUGCAGUUCCAAUUAAGGUGUGGCUUUAUCCUCUGGUUAAACUGAACUCAAGUGCAGGCAAACUUGAAAGAAACAUCACCCCAGAACUCAUUAGAGCUGUGGAGUCAGUAAUUGAGGCUUUAAAUGUCACAGACAUGAAAUGUGAUGACCUGUUGGAAGAUACAGUAGCAAAAACAUUUAAUACAUUUUAUGAUCGAGUGCAGGACUUUCAGAAAUUUUGCUCUGAGUACAAGCAAGACUUCAUGAAAAAACUAGGAUCCCUCCUGCCAGAAAUCCGGGGAGGUCGAUCAGAUAUCAAUGCCAUGAAUAAACUUAUAGAAGCCCAUGAGAAGUCUCCUUUUAAAACCAAACAUCUUGAGCAGUGGAUAACAAAGAAAGAAAAAGAAUCCAACCAAGUAAAAGCACUGAUGAAGCAGCUCCAUGAACUUGGAGCAGAAGUGACUGAUGAUGUAGACAAAUAUCUACUAGAUUUGGAUGUGGAGACUGUAGUUGCUUUUGCUUUUACCUGUCUUCAGUACUCAGACCUUCUCCUGGGCAAUCAAGAGAUCUACCUGAAAAAUCCCAGUGAAAAUAAAAUUGGUCAAGUUUUUCAGAACAAAUCAUGGACGUCUAAUGAUCUCAUGUGCAUGAAGAAUAAUUUAAAGGUCUUUAAGGAUUUGAUCACUUUAAAUAAAAGUCAAAACACAAAAUUUAUUGUCCAAAGUUUGCCUCAAACAUCAAAUGAUGAAUGUUCCUGUAUCUUAAUGUAUGAAUGCAUUGAAGCUGUCCGUUUUGUUCCUCCAUCAAAGCCAAAAUGUCCAAACCUUGAAUCCGUCACAGAUAACAGUAUAGCAGUAAAGCUGAGCCCCCCGUGUGCUGCUACACUGGAGAGGAAACUACUUUACAAAAUGAAACAAGAAAACAACUGGAAAGUGCAACCUGUCAAUCAAGAUAGAGUUACUCUGACAGAUCUUAAAGAGGGCACUGAUUAUGAAAUUAAAUGUGGAACCUUAGGAAAACUCGAGUACAUGGUUGAAAGUGAUGCAAUCACUGUUAAAACUACAUGCUCUGCAGUAAACCACCAGAGGGACCUGAAGUCUAAAAGUGAAUCAAACCAGCACGUGUCUGGAAACAAACCAUUUAAAUGCUUUAAUCUACUAACUGGAAAAACACUGAAUUCUCAUAAUGACUUGAUGCAUCGUCUCAAAAAACAAGUACCAGAUCUGCAAGUGGUGCAAACAGAGGCAGAGUGUGAUAUCAUUCUGGUGUUCUGCUCCAUCGUUAGAGGACCUGAACAUGAUAUUAAAGCAGCACUGGAGAAACUUUAUGAGAUUUCAGAUACCAAGCCUGCGGUCAUGGUGGUGUUCCAUCAUGCGUUUGACCCACCGGCUGUUGUACCAGACAGCAGCAGAGCUGUAAGCAGAGGAAAUAUAAUCACGGUUGACUGUCUGUUUCAUGAAGAUCAGGGAUUACUGCAAUGUCAAAAAAAUGAGGACUCAUUAACCAGAAUCGUAACACACAUCAAAUCUCAGGUCAGUGUUUGA